CAGGUUUUCUCUCAGAGGAGUCAGAGGAAGACAUGGAGACAUUUCUUUUGGGUCCGGGUUCUGGUUUGGUUGGGUCGGGUGCAGCUUUGAUGGGACGCUGUGAAGCGUUGAAUCCUCUUUGCGAAAACAAUCACACACACGAACACAUUGGCACUGUUGGCAUGGCAACAAAGCACAGUAAAACCUCUGUGAACCGUCCAAUGAUGACUGAAUCUGCAGCGUCCAAGUUUUUCUCAGAGUUGAUCUCAUCAAGAAGAGUCCUGGUUGUAGAGAGGAGGUCGAGACUCGCCUCAGUCCUCCUCCUUCUCCUCUUUUUCUUCUUCUCUCACUCUUUUCAGAGUCUCUUCCUGUACGUCUCCAAGUCGGAGCAGCGCCGGGUUGCCGGCACAUCAAUCCUCAGCUCAUCAGCCCUCCAAAAUGGCUUCCAAUUAAUGUUCAGCUUGUGUUGUGAUCAGGCCAUCAAGACACCUGGCAGCAGAGGACAGGGGAAGUCACAUAAUGUAGAAGCGUACAAGGACCGGUACCAGCGGCAACAUGGACCGGCACCAGUGGCAACAUGGACCGGCACCAGCGGCAACAUGGACCAGUACCAGCGGCAACAUGGACCGGCACCAGCAGCGAGCAGCAGUCACACCAGUGGUUCAUGUGAAGCUGACCAGAGGACCAACACAGAACUGUGACUGAUGCAGAUCAGCUCCAUGAAGAACCGCUCAGUUUGGACCGGUUCAUGGUUCUGCAGAAACGUACCCAGCCAACAUUUAUCCUAGAGAUCAGGAUGUUUGAAGUGUGUAGAGGAACACAGAAACAUGGAAACACACACAGUUAAAUCUGACAGCGUUUAAAGUCUCAAAAAAUAAAUUCUGACUAAACAAAAUCACAGAGAAACUUCUGACACACGAGGAUCAAACUGGAUCUGGUCUGAUCUGGUUUGUGGGGUUGAUGUGCUUCUGAGGAAAUGUCAGCGCUAAAAUUAACAGCUGAAAACGGACUGUUACUCAUCCUGACUCAUCACACACACACACACACACACACACACACACACACACACACACACACACACACACACACACACCUCCAUCUGUUGCUCUAGCUGUCGGAUAAACUCGACUGUCACUUUUCAUUCAGUCAGCGCUCGCAGGAAUCUUCACUUCAGUUGAAUGUGUUUGAUCAUUAUAAACUGUGAGUUUGAUUCAUGGUGACUUUGUUCUGGAGCUGCUCACUGGACUGGAUCAGCAGGUGUCGAUCCUCCUCUGAUCGUAGAUUUGUUUCUGUAUUUGUGCAGGUCAGAUCUUAAAGUGUUAUUAAGUGUGUUCAAUGCAUCAUGUUGCUGUAGCGCCACCUGUAGGUGAAGUACCAUCAUAUUCACCUGAGCAGCUCACAGUUUGUUUUGAUUCGAGACCAC